UCACCUCUACUCCAGCCUCGUGUCAGUGUCGUGGCGUGUGCAAGUGCAAGCUAGUCGCAGCUCGCGCGCGGCUCGUGGACAGUUGAGGCAGAUAGCUCUAGGCUCUAGCCCAGCCAUGGCUGCACCGGUCACCUUCGCCGUGGUCGCGGCGGUGGCGCUCGUCGCGCUGUGCGGCGGCGGCGGCGCGCGGGCGCAGGACAUGGACAACGAGUGGGCGCGGAACAGGGGGUUCUACGGCGGCACCGGCGGCGGCGUGGUCGGCGGUCUGCUGCCGCAGUCGGACGUGGACCUGCUGGAGUUCCCGCUGAACCUGGAGUACCUGGAGGCGGAGUUCUUCUGCUGGUCGGCGCUGGGCUACGGCCUCGACGGCAUCGAUGCCAGCCUCACCGGCGGCGGCCCUGCCCCCGUCGGUGCCCAGACCGCCGCCCUCACCCCCUUCGUCCGCGACAUCGCCACCCAAUUCUGCUACCAAGAAGUCGGCCACCUCAGGGAGAUCAAGCAGAACGUGAAGGGGUUCCCGCGGCCGCUGCUGGACAUCAGCGCGGCGAACUUCGGCAAGAUCGUGGAGACGGCGAUGAACACGACGCUGGACCCGCCCUUCAACCCCUACGAGAACAGCCUCAACUUCCUCCUCGCCUCCUACAUCAUCCCCUACGUCGGCCUCACCGGCUACGUCGGCGCCAACCCCAGGCUCCUCACCCCUCAGGCCAGGAAGCUGGUGGCGGGGCUGUUGGGCGUGGAGUCGGCGCAGGACGCGGUGAUCAGGGCGCUGCUGUACGAGCACGGGCUGUCGCGGGUGGCGAGCUACGGCGUCGGGGUGGCGGAGCUCACGGCGCACAUCUCCGAGCUGCGGAACGUGCUGGGGAGGAAGGGGGUCAAGGACGAGGGGCUGGUGGUGGCGCCGGGGCAGGGGCCGGAGGGGCAGACCGUGGGCAACAUCAUCGCCGGCGACCGCUUCUCGCUCGCCUACGACCGCACGCCCGAGGAGAUCCUCGGCGUCGUGUACGGCUCCGGCGACCCCGCCAAGGCCGGCGGGUUCUUCCCCCAGGGCGCCGACGGCCGCAUCGCCAGAGCCUUCAUCGCCUAGCAAGCCGGCCGACCGAUGGAAGAAAAAGGACAUAGAUACAUCGGAACACAUAUAACUCAUGUUCUUGCAAGCUGUAGACUAUCUAUACACCUUACAUGUGUGUCAGUGUGUGUUUUGUUAUAGAACUUGCAUGGAUAAAUUGGGGAGUGUAUACAUGCAUACUGGAUGGUAAUAUCAAUAAUAAAUAAAGGAGACAUUUACAAAUUUGUCAUUA